AUGGUUCCGCUGCUCAUCUGCCUGGUGUGCCUCAUGGGCGGGUGCAUGUGGUGGCUGUGCCGGCGCUGCCUGCACUCCGGCUCCACCGCUAGCAAGGACUGGCCGCCCGCCACCUACGACGAGUUUAAAGACGUCCCUAGAAUCUGCCGCAUCCUGCUGUCCGUCUACGAGGAGGAUAUCAACAGCCCGGUCUACAACGACCGUCUGGAGAUUAAUGACGUCGUGCGGCUCGCGGGGUACAAGGACACGCAGGGCCGGUGCCCGCCGUACGUGAUCUACGUGGACCACGCGGCGCGCGACAUCUGUCUCGCGGUGCGCGGGCUGAACAUGGCCAACUUCGCCGACUACCGCGUGCUGAUGGACAACCGCAUCGGCAAGCAGCGCUUCGACGGCGGCUACGUGCACCACGGGCUGCUCAAAUCCGCCGCGUGGCUGCUCGACCAGGAGAUGGAGACGCUCAACGCGCUCGCCGCGGAAAACCCGGAGUAUACGGUGACGCUCGCGGGGCACUCGCUGGGGAGCGGGAUUGUCGCGAUGAUGACGGUGAUUCUGCAUAAGAACCCCGACGAGGUGGGGUUUGAUAAUGCGCGGCUUCGCUGCUUCUGCAUCGCGCCCGCGCGGUCCACGUCCCUCAACCUCGCAAUUAAGUACGCUGACAUCAUCAACUCCGUCGUCUUGCAG